ACACAGGAUUGGGGGGCUUUCAUACACACACACACACACACACAUAAAUACACACGUACCCACACAGACUUACACACACGGGGCAAUCACACUCAGUCUCUUCCCCAGAGCCAAGUCAAGUCGUAUCUCUGUGUGUGUGUGUGUGUGUCUGGGGAGAGGGCUGUCAAUAUGGCAAUGUUGUGGGAGGGAGGUUCUCUGCCCUGCCUUGAAGGUUGAGCCUCCUGCCUCCUUGGCAUGGCCACUAUCCCUCCCUGGGAAAGGAUCACGGACCUCCCCGCCUGGCUUUGGAUGCAGAGGGAAGAUCAAGUCUCCUGCCCCCCCCCCCCCACCUCCUUCCUUGGCUCCCAUCUGAGCAGAAGGCGCCUUCCUCUGCCUCCUUCUCUCUCCUCCUCCUCCUCCUUCCCAGCCAGGAUGGAUGGGGGGCAGCUGCCUGCCAGUGUCGCCGUGGCAGAGGAGACCGAGCAGCCCACCCUCGCCCUCCAAACUCCCCUCCAGAAGCAUCCAGACAAACAGCCACCUCCCCUCCCCUUGGAGCAUCCUUCUGCCUUCUCUUGGUAAACAUCUGGCUCACCGCUUUGGAGUUGCUUCCAGACGCUGCUGCUGCUGCUGCUUCCUCCUCCCUAAAUCGAUCUCUCCCUCUUUUCUCUCCCUCUUUAUUUAUUUUGAAGUUGGGCACCUUCAAGCUGAGAGGCAUAGCUACUCUCUCUCCCUCCCUCCUUCAUUCUCUCGUUUUUUCUGUCUGUCAACAUCAGGAGAAGGUGACAUUUUGGCUGGCUCUGGGGAAAGAAACUAGAGUUCCUUGUCGUUGCCUUUUGAUUUCUUCCUUCCUGGAGAAGGAAGGGUGGGAAGUGGGCAGAGAGCUGCUGCAGAAGGGUUCAGAUCAUUCCUGGCAUGGCCCUAGCAGAAGAGAAAACCAACAAGCCAGAGGGACCAAAUCUAGCUAGGGACUGUCGGGAAGUACAAGCUGUGAUGUGAUGCCUCCUGCAGUCGUCUUCUUGCUGAGGAGGCAGCAAUCCAUUGUGGAACCCUUGCAACCCUGAGACGGAGCUAUAAACACAUUAUCAUGGACCUGAGGGAUUUUUACCUGUUGGCUGCUCUGAUCGCCUGCUUGAGGCUGGAUUCGGCUGUAGCUCAAGAACUUAUCUACACCAUCCGAGAGGAGCUGCCGGAAAAUGUCCCCAUUGGGAACAUACCAAAGGAUCUGAACAUUUCUCACAUCAAUGCUGCCACAGGAACCAGCGCUAGCCUUGUCUACAGACUGGUCUCCAAAGCAGGGGAUGCCCCUUUGGUGAAAGUCUCCAGCACCACAGGGGAGAUCUUCACCACCUCCAACAGAAUUGACCGAGAGAGACUCUGUGCAGGAGCUGCUUACGCUGAAGAAAACGAGUGCUUCUUUGAACUGGAGGUAGUGAUUCUUCCCAAUGACUUUUUCCGGCUGAUCAAGAUCAAAAUAAUUGUGAAGGAUACCAAUGACAAUGCCCCAAUGUUUCCAUCUCCUGUCAUCAACAUUUCCAUCCCCGAAAACACUCUGAUCAACAGCCGCUUUCCCAUCCCGUCGGCAACGGAUCCUGACACUGGCUUCAAUGGGGUUCAGCACUACGAACUUCUGAAUGGGCAGAGUGUUUUUGGACUGGAUAUUGUGGAAACACCCGAAGGUGAGAAGUGGCCACAACUGAUCGUGCAGCAGAACUUGGACCGGGAGCAGAAAGAUACCUAUGUCAUGAAAAUCAAAGUUGAAGAUGGAGGUACUCCACAGAAAUCCAGUACAGCCAUUCUCCAGGUCACAGUAAGUGAUGUCAAUGACAACAGACCCGUUUUUAAAGAGAACCAAGUGGAGGUUCACAUACCAGAGAAUGCCCCUAUAGGUACCUCUGUCAUUCAGCUUCAUGCCACAGAUGCAGAUAUAGGGAGCAAUGCAGAAAUCAGAUAUAUUUUUGGUGCCCAAGUUGCUCCUGGAACAAAAAGAUUCUUUGCUUUAAAUAACACCACUGGGCUGAUAACAGUUCAGAGGGCCUUAGACCGAGAAGAGACUGCUAUCCACAAGGUGACGGUGCUGGCCAGUGAUGGCAGUUCUACACCUGCCCGGGCAACUGUUACUAUCAAUGUGACUGAUGUGAAUGAUAACCCCCCUAAUAUAGACCUCAGGUACAUAAUAAGUCCCAUCAAUGGCACAGUGUAUCUAUCUGAGAAAGACCCUGUCAAUACCAAGAUUGCUCUCAUUACAGUCUCAGAUAAGGACACUGAUGUAAAUGGCAAAGUGAUCUGUUUCAUUGAGAGAGAGGUGCCAUUUCACUUGAAGGCAGUAUAUGACAACCAGUACUUGUUAGAGACCUCUUCCUUGUUGGAUUAUGAGGGCACCAAAGAAUUCAGCUUUAAAAUAGUGGCCUCUGAUUCUGGCAAGCCCAGUUUGAACCAGACUGCCCUGGUAAGGGUUAAGCUGGAGGAUGAGAACGACAACCCUCCAAUUUUCAGCCAGCCUGUAAUUGAGCUGUCAGUUUCUGAAAACAACCGUCGUGGUCUGUACUUAACCACUAUUAGUGCCACUGAUGAGGACAGUGGGAAAAAUGCAGACAUUGUUUAUCAGCUUGGCCCCAAUGCCUCCUUUUUUGAUUUGGAUCGAAAGACUGGGGUUUUGACAGCCUCUCGGGUCUUUGACCGCGAAGAACAGGAGCGGUUCAUUUUUACUGUUACAGCCCGAGACAACGGCACCCCUCCCCUGCAGAGUCAAGCUGCUGUGAUAGUUACGGUACUGGAUGAGAAUGAUAACAGCCCCAAAUUCACUCAUAACCACUUUCAGUUUUUUGUGUCAGAGAACCUACCAAAGUAUAGCACUGUAGGUGUGAUCACGGUGACUGAUGCCGAUGCAGGAGAGAAUAAAGCUGUGACUCUUUCCAUCCUGAAUGAUAAUGACAACUUCGUUCUUGAUCCUUACUCUGGAGUUAUAAAGUCCAAUGUUUCUUUUGAUCGUGAGCAACAGAGUUCCUACACCUUUGAUGUCAAGGCUGUUGAUGGGGGACAGCCACCCCGUUCGUCUACCGCCAAAGUCACCAUAAAUGUUAUGGAUGUUAAUGACAACAGUCCUGUAGUCAUCUACCCACCUUCCAAUACUUCUUUUAAGCUGGUACCUCUCUCUGCUAUCCCUGGCUCUGUAGUGGCUGAAGUGUUUGCUGUUGACAUUGACACAGGAAUGAAUGCUGAGCUUAAAUAUACAAUAGUGAGUGGAAACAACAAAGGUUUGUUCCGUAUUGAUCCAGUGACGGGUAACAUUACCCUGGAAGAAAAGCCUUCUCCUACUGAUGUGGGGCUGCAUCGAUUAGUGGUCAAUAUUAGUGACCUGGGUUAUCCUAAAUCCCUACACACCCUUGUCCUUGUCUUCUUGUAUGUCAAUGAUACAGCUGGAAAUGCCUCUUACAUUUAUGACCUGAUCCGCAGGACUAUGGAAACACCCUUGGACAGGAACAUUGGGGACAGCAGCCAGCCCUAUCAAAAUGAGGACUACCUUACUAUCAUGAUAGCGAUUGUGGCAGGUGCCAUGGUUGUCAUUGUGGUAAUAUUUGUCACCGUUCUGGUCCGCUGCCGCCACGCCUCCAGGUUCAAAGCAGCUCAGAGGAGCAAGCAAGGGGCUGAGUGGAUGUCUCCCAAUCAGGAGAACAAACAGAACAAGAAGAAGAAGCGGAAGAAAAGGAAGUCUCCCAAGAGUUCCCUGUUGAAUUUUGUUACCAUUGAGGAAUCCAAACCCGAGGAUGCAGUUCACGAACCUAUCAACGGGACCAUUAGCCUUCCAGCUGAGCUGGAGGAGCAAAGUAUAGGAAGAUUUGACUGGGGCAGUGCACCACCCACCACCUUUAAGCCUAACAGCCCUGAUCUUGCUAAGCAUUAUAAAUCUGCCUCUCCACAGUCUGCUUUCCAUCUUAAGCCUGACACUCCUGUCUCGGUGAAAAAGCAUCACGUUAUUCAGGAACUCCCCCUGGACAACACCUUUGUUGGGGGUUGUGAUACCCUUUCCAAACGCUCUUCCACUAGUUCAGAUCACUUCAGUGCCUCAGAGUGCAGUUCCCAAGGAGGCUUCAAGACAAAGGGCCCCUUGCACACCAGACAGGCACUGAAUUUUGGAGAUAUGCCGAAGUACUUGUGGGAGAUUUGGGUACCUGACAAACCAUGGGUGUCCCAGCGCCGUGUUACGUUUCACCUCCCUGAUGGUUCCCAGGAAAGCUGCAGUGACAGUGGUCUAGGAGAUCAUGAGCCUGUGGGUAGUGGAACCCUGAUCUCACACCCUCUCCCUCUGGUUCAGCCGCAGGACGAAUUCUACGAUCAGGCCUCACCAGACAAGAGGACCGAAGCUGAUGGCAACUCCGAUCCCAACUCUGAUGGACCUCUUGGGCCUCGAGGAUUAGCAGAAGCUACUGAGAUGUGUACUCAAGAAUGCCUUGUCCUGGGUCAUUCAGACAACUGUUGGAUGCCUCCCACUUUAAGUUCAUACCAGCAGCCAAAGUCUCCACUUUCCACCUUUGCACCUCAGAAGGAAUGGGUUAAGAAGGAUAAACUGGUAAAUGGACACACAUUGACAAGAACCUGGAAAGAAGACAGCAACAGAAACCAAUUCAGUGACCGAAAGCAGUUUGGCUCCGGUGAAGGCCAUUUCAACCCUGGCAAUCACAUGACUGAUAUUCCUUUGGCUAACUUGAAGUCCUAUAAGCAGGCAUCGGGAGCAGUGGAGAGUCCAAAGGAGAACCAGCUAUAAGGAAUGGCUUCUCUGGAACAGUGACUUUAGCCUAAUUAGAUUUGCUAAUACUGUGUGUGUGUGUGUGUGUCAGAGCUUUAUGUACUGAGUAGACCUCUAGAACUAUGCGUCACAUAGCAGAGAUAUGCAUAACUUUGUGGUAGCUCAAUGGAACUACAAUACAAAAACAAAAGCAUUUCUACUAGUUGUGUGGUUUUGUUAAAUAGACAUAAUCAAACUCUUACAGAGAAUUUCUCCAGUUUGCAAAUAUCUUACAUUUUCAAUUUAUUUGGGGUAAGGGGUGGGAGGUUUGUUUGCUUUCCUUUCUUCUUCUUCUACUUCUUCUUUUUUUACCCUGGACUGCUGCUGUGAACAGUAGAAGACACAUUUGAAGACAGAAAGAAAGAGAGUGAGUGAGCGAUUGAGUGAGUGAGUGAGUGGAUAGGUGAGUGAGAGUGUGAGAGAGAGAAAAAAGGAGAAGGUGAAUUGCAAUUCUUAGCAAGCAUAUCCGAUUAGAAAAUUGUGUUAUUGUUGGCAUUGAUCUUGUGCUGGGACUGCUAUACUUGAUAUGUUUAUUGAAACAAAACAACUAAAAUUACAAACAUUAAACCUACUGUGCUAUUAACAAUGUUAGUGGACACUUGUUAAGUCAAUCAGUGUUCAAGUACUUGUAAAUAGGAUCUAUUAUUAUUAAUAACUUUUGUGUAAUUAUAAUGUUCACUUUAAAAGGAUACUGUAGCAUAAUUCUGUGUUUCACAGUUGCUUUUUUUCUACUUUAUUUCAUUUGCUUCCUCUUGUUCUUUUUUUAAAAAUAAUGUUUCUUUUGGUGAUGGUGUUUCUGUGUUAGUAGUCUGUCUGACACACAAUGUUCCAAGGAACUCAAAACACUUGUGUUAAAAACUGAAUAAAAGGGCGGGAGGGGAAUCUAUUAUUUUACUAUUAUUCUAAUGAACAAACACUAUUUACCAAUUCUUAAAUAUACAUGCACAUGAGGCAAGGGCUUUUUUUAAAAAAGUUAUUUUGCUGUUCCGAUUUGUAAAGCAAAUGGGCAAAAAGAGGACAUCAACUGUGGCAGCAGCUGAAUGAGUGGCUUUUUUUAAAAAAAAAGUCUCUGUUGUCAGUUGCAACCACACUUUAGAGAAAUGUUAAUGAAAAUUAGGUGGAGCACAAUCCACUAUGAAAUUUUGCUGCCUGAGUCUCAUUGAUGUGGAGGGGCGAUGCUUUCAUUUCAGUGGAGUUCAUGCAAGCAAAUAUCCUGGUGCAUUGUACUCAGUACCAGUAUUGGAUGGUUGCUUUAUUUUAUAAUUGGGCCAGGUGUGUGUCUAUACCUAAGACAGUUUGUAUUGCUCAAAUGGCAGCGGUUGUGUUGAUCUCCAUCUGCAUUGAUGUUGUAGUAACACAAGUGUUUUUAGAUCAUAGCCACAAAAUAUUUAAUGUGUUGUGCCUUCAUUAUGUAACCAAGCAUUCUCCUGGUAGGCUAGUUGGGGGAAAUGAAAGGGUUCAAUCUCUAAUUCUUGCUGUUUAACUGUUUGUUAUCAUAGUUGGUCAAUACCUGGCAGGUACCAGUGUUGUGUCACUUAAGUCAAUUCAGGAAAGUGACACCUAAUGUUAAUAAGAUCUCAGUUGCACGUCUAACAAAUCCUAAUCCAAAUGUUUUUAGACAUUUUCUUUUCUUUUCUUAAGGCAUGACAGACGAUUUAAACAAAUAGCAUGCAACAUAGGGGAAAAAUCAAUCCUUUAAGGGAAAAUAAAGCAAAAAUUAUCUUAUGCCACAGUUAAACAUCAGUCUUAAAUACAACAAAGGAAGGUAGUUAAUAUCAAUGGUUAAUUUGUUCUUACCAAAAAGUAAAUAAAUAAAACUAAAACUAACUGAAGUUAUUUUGUAUAUAGCAGUUCACAUUUUCUUUCCUCCACACGAUACAAGCAUAAAAUGGGCUAGGGGUGCAUUGCUUCCUGCGGUACUUAUGUCAGUUUGUGAGGGGUGUUUGAUGACUUUGACCGAAUAAAUAUCUAAACAGUUAUCCUUGUUACUGCUUUGCCAGUUCAACGUUAUUUACAG